AAGGUUCCCGUCAAGAAAGGGAUGCGCAAGACUCGCUCAACUGUCCAAAACUCAUCUCUCUCAAAGCAAGCACACAUCCAUUCUUUAUCUCUUUCCCCUUGACCCUUAAAAUUUCUUCUUUUGUUGCGUCUUCUUCUCUAUUCAUUUUCUUUAGAUUCUGAAUUUCUGAGAAUAUUUUGGUUUUUAUCGUUGUUAAAGUCUUGAACAGAUAAAUAAGUGGAAGAACGGAAGGCUGAAAAGUUUCCAGAUCUGCUCCUCUGCUCUGCAUCCGCUCUCAGAAAGAACCUGCUGGUGUUGUAAGCUGGAGGCUUUCGCUUUUGUUGGACCAAAUGUCAGCUGUGCCAGAUCGGCGUGACCAUUUACCCGGCUUGACGCUUCACGCCAUCUUGGCUCAUGAUAAAAGAUAUCUGCCGCAGCCUACUCCCCGGCCUCCACCGGAAACUUCUUCAGGCCGCACGCUUCUUGAUAUAAUCCGUGACGAGGACCCCGCCAACAGAACCGGUGAUCCCAAAGACAGGAGAAGUUGGAAAAUAUUCCGAGACCGGCUUCGGCUUAAGCGCGCCGGCGCUGCUUGGACCUCGAGCGUACGUAUCCCGGCUUCGGAUAUCCCUAUCCAGAGUAACAAUGCCGAUCUUGGCUCGCAACUUUCCCGGCGAUCUUCGGCGAGGAUUCAGACUAACCCCUCCAAUAACUUGGGCGAGUCAACUCAGUCUGAAGAUCAAGUUAUCGCUUCUAGACCUACGUUCACACGCCGGACAUCGACUAGGCUUGCCGCGACUCCAAUUUCAACCGAGUCAACUCAAAACGACGGCACGCCGGAUGUUUCCAUGCCUAGUGAACUUCCGCCGUCUCGUAGCUUCAGGCCCCAGAUGUCCCACCGUAACUCAACGCGGGUUUCGUCAUCGAACCCUGAUUCCGACGAGCCCUAUGUGGACCCUUUCGAAGUUGGGCGGGAGGGAACUCGGCGGCUGGCAGCGGCCUUGGCCGAGGAGAGAGCGUUGUCUGCACGUGAGGCUGUUGUAGCCCAAGAGGCAGCACAAGCAGAGGCCGCUGCUGGGGAAGAUGCAGAAGAAACACCGGCGGCUGAAACUCCUACCGCGACGGAUGUGGCACCUGAAGUUGCUGCGGAAGAACCGCAGCCUCAAAGGAUAUCAUUAAUGGAUUUGUUAGAGGAGACGGAUAGAGAGACGGGGUUGGAGGGAUCUAGAUACUUGGGUGAAGAUAAAGAGGAAGAGGAGGAAGAAGGCGACAUGCAAGAAAUUGCAGGAGGAAUAGAGUAUAAUUGCUGCGUGUGCAUGGUGAGGCAUAAAGGUUCGGCGUUUAUACCAUGCGGACAUACGUUUUGCAGAUUGUGUUCAAGGGAGCUCUGGGUUCAGAGGGGAAAUUGUCCCUUAUGCAAUGGUUUCAUUUUGGAAAUACUUGACAUAUUUUGAUUUGUGAUUUGUCUCCCACCAUUUUGUUUGACGGAGGAGAAAAAUUUCCUCUCACACUUCUCUCUGUGUUAGUGUUCUUUUUUUUUUUUCAACUUGGUUUUAUGUUGAAUUGUUUUGAUAAAUUUUGGAAUAGCAAGUAAAUAUUAAUUUAAGAAUUAUUGGAGGCUGUAUCUAGUUAAUGUUAUUGGUGUUUCUGUAAUGUAUUUUGUCAUGUUGGUA